GAGUUCAUAUCGCAAACAGAUUAGCGCAAUGUUCAGGUCAUUGCAAUAGUCGACAACCAACUUCGGCGAGUUCAGUGUACAGGAUCAACUGUUUGUUUAAAUAGAAGUUUCAUUUUCACGAUCGAUUUAAAAAACAAAUUUCAAUAGUGUGGGUGUUGACGUACUGUGCUAAAAUAAAAUGGUCGAUUACAGCAAAUGGAAGGAUAUUGAGAUUUCAGACGACGAAGAUGAUACUCAUCCUAACAUUGAUACACCGUCCUUGUUUAGAUGGCGUCAUCAAGCAAGAGUGGAACGUAUGGAAGAAAGAAAACGAGAACAGGAGGAACACGAAAGGAAAAAGAUUGAACAUAUGAAAAAACUUAAAGAAACUAAAGAAAAACUUGCAAGGCUAGAAAACGAGCAAAAGGAUUCGGCAGAUUUGAGUGCAUUGAAAAAAGUUUUGCAAGAUCUUGAAGAAGAAGAGAAAAAAAUAAAAGCAAGAGAAGAUGAAAUGAAAAAAAAGGAAAAGUUGACACCAUGGAAUGUAGAUACGAUUGGUCAAGAUGGUUUUACCAAAACCGUAAUAAACACAAAACCAGCUCGAAACGAUGAUGAUUCCACUCUCUCAGAUGAAGAAAAGGAGAAAAGAAUGAAGCAAUUUGUAAAGAAAAAUGAGAAACAGUUGAAAGAAUUUGGAAUGCUUAGAAGAUACGAUGAUAGUAAGAAAUUCUUAUUGGAACAUCCGCAAAUAGUUUGCGAGAAUACAGCUAAUUAUUUAGUCAUUUGGUGCAUUAAUUUAGAAAUGGAAGAAAAACAUGACUUAAUGGAACACAUUGCUCAUCAAUGUAUAUGCAUGCAGUAUAUAUUAGAACUAUCUAAGCAAUUAGAUGUUGACCCUAGAGCUUGCGUUAGUUCAUUCUUCAGUCGUAUACAAGUUGCUGAAGUAGAAUAUAAGAAUUCGUUUGAUGAAGAACUUAGAGCAUUUAAGAAUAGAAUACGCAAACGUGCUGCAGAGAAGGUUGCAGAUGCACUUAGAGAAGCGGAAGAAGAAGAAAGAAAAGAGAGACUUGGCCCUGGAGGUCUUGAUCCUGUUGAAGUUUUUGAAAGUCUUCCUAAGCCUUUACAACAGUGUUUUGAAGCGCAAGACAUACCAUUAUUGCAACAAACAAUAGCCGCUAUGCCUGAAGAUGAAGCUAGAUAUCAUAUGAAGCGUUGUAUUGAUAGCGGUCUUUGGGUACCGGAUGCUAAAGCUAAAGAAAAAGAAGAACAAGAGCAAAAUGGAAAAGAAGAAAUUACAGGUACACCCGAUCCGGAAUAACACUUUUUUUCAACUAAGCUCUGCUUUUGCAUCCAUUUAUUUUCUUUUUCUCUUUGUUAAGAUACUACUUGACUUAAGUCAUAUUUUAUGAAAAUUCGCUAUAGAUAUUAAUUAAUUAAUUAAAAAAUAAAAUUAUUCGCAAGAAAUAUAACAAAAAUAAAAGGAUAAUUUCAUCCUUUGUAUGAUUUAUUUAAAAGAAAAUUAUAAUAAUCAUUGUCGUAGAACAAGCUGUAAAGUUCAUCUAAUUGUUAUCAGAGACUGAGAAUUAUUUUUAUUAUACUUAGUAUAUUUUUUUUUUUUUUUUUAUUGGAAUUCUUUCAACUAAUAACACAAAGCAGUGAAAAUGCAAGAAAUAACGAUCAUUAGUCCAAUUAUAUUAAAUACAACAAUACUUUCCUUUCGUCUAAUAUUCGUAAUUGUACUUUGAAUGUAAUUCGUAAAAAAGAAAAAAAAAGAAAAACAGUAUUGAAAAAAGCAUUCUGAAUGUAUAUACUAAUCUUAAAACGUAUAGAAUAUGUGUUACAUAUAUUCUUUACGCUGCAACAUGUCUCAUUAUUUCACACAUUUGAUGAUUUUAUGACCGAUAUGUAAUAUGUACAUUACACAAUGUAUGUUAAUUUUCAUAUUAUUAAUUGUGUAAAUAAAAAUCUUUA